AUGAGCAACAAACAGGAAAAACAGACCAAACCAAUAGUGUCUGUGAUAUCCGGCGGCGUUGCUGGAGGCGUGGAAGCCUUGGUAACAUAUCCGUUCGAAUUCGCCAAAACAAGAGCUCAAUUGCAUGUCCGAAAAGCAGGUGUUCCAUACCCGAGAAACCCAUUCGCUGUGGUGGGUCAGGUCUACAGUCAAGAAGGAUUACGGGCACUGUACAAAGGAUGUGCUGCAUUGGCCGUUGGGUCAAUCGGUAAAGAUGCAGUCAGAUUCUUGUCUUUCGAUACAGUCAAAAAUGCCUUCAAGGACCCCGAAACCGGCACUCUGUCACCAUUGAGGAACAUGCUAGCUGGAAUGGCCGCUGGUGUAGUCGCAAGUGCCACUGCAGUGACACCCACGGAACGAAUCAAAACUGCCUUGAUCGACGAUGCAAGAGGAUCCAGACAAUUCACCUCCACCAUGCAUGCAGUCAGAACAAUUAUAGCUGAAGACGGCCUCAAAGGUCUCUACCGGGGAUUUGCUGGAACAACAUUGAAACAAGCUUCAGCAACCAGUUUCCGCAUGGGCACCUACAAUAUCCUCAAGGACUACGAAAAGAAUCACCAUAUUGAGCAAAACACUGCUACCAAUUUCGCGAAUGGCGCUGUUGCUGGUAUCACCACUACAUUGGCUACACAGCCCUUCGAUGUCAUCAAGACAAGGUCGCAGACUGCAAAGGCCACGACAACGAUGGACGCUAUUGCGGGUAUCUGGCAAGAUGAUGGCAUUCGUGCUUUUUGGAGAGGCACGUUCAUGAGGUUGGGACGUACUGUGCUUGCGGGAGGAGUGCUGUUUACGACGGCAGAAGCUGUUGCGAAGAUCAUCAACCCAAUUUUGGAUCCAAUAGUAUGA